CUUGGACAGGCAUGCGCAAGCGCAGUGUGUUCGAGGUCGUCGAGCAUGCACUGUACCUCCAGAGCGUUGAGCAGCGCGUGACCAACGGCGAGGACCCAGCAACGAUCGACUCGUUCCGGAAGCACAAGUGGAAGCUGCAGCGCAGCCGCGACGCAAGGCCGGCCACGCCAGAGCCCGCCGAGCCCGUCCCCGACGUGGUCACGACCCCACGUCCCAGCGAUACCAAUUCGGCGGCCAUCGACAAGAACACAGUUGAGGUCGCGCCGCCAGAGACAUCGUCGUUGGCCAACCACAUUGACGCCAAGCGGCUCGCGUACCAGCAGUACCUCCUCGAGCUCAUUUCGCCGGCGCUUGGCAACACGCCGCGCGUCCGCUUGGAGCCGGUUGUCGCCCAUGGCACCGACGCCUUCGACAUGGCGAUGCCGUGCGCACGCGACGGCGCAACGCUAACAGCGUGCAACGAUCUGCUCGUGCUCUUUGGCGGCGCGUACCUCAGCGACCCGGGGCACGCGCACCCGCGGGCGAUCGUGCCGCGGCCUAUGGCCGCCAAUGGCACCAUGCACUUUUCCAACCACGUGUUUGUCUUUGAUCCUGAGUCGCACACGUGGGAGAUGCCCCGGUGCACAGGUCGGUUCCCGCGCGGGCGGGCCGACCACAGCGCCAUGUUCCUGCCGCCGCAGUUGCUCGUCGUCUUUGGUGGCCGCGGCAAGCACGGCAUCGUCUUCCACGACGUGCACAUCUUGGACGUCGAGCUCUGGAGCUGGACCCAGAGCGCACCGGUCGAAUCGCCGCUCCCAGGGCGGUUCUGGCACGCUGCUGCCAUGGACCGCAGCUCGUCGCGAGUGUUCGUCUUUGGCGGGAAGGAUCUGCAGACGGUGUACGGGGACUUCAUGGAGCUCUCGAUUGAGAGAGAUAGUCCCGGGAAGCGUCAUCGGUGGUCUGAGCCGCUGAUGAUGGGUACGCCGCCCUCACCACGGUUUGGUGCGACGCUGUUGCCGCUCGGGGCCGGGCACUUGGCGGUCGUUGGCGGCUGGGAAGCCCGGAGCGUGCCGCACCAGCGGGCGCGCGCCAACCACCGUCUGGAGCUAUAUGUGCUCGACCUGUACACACACAUUUGGUCACGCCCGCACUUGGCCCAGCACGUCGUCACAUGGUCGGUGCCCUGCGAGCGGUUCUUGUGCCAAGCGUUUGUGAUGUCGAAAACGCUGGUCGUCUUUGGCGGCUACUCGUACGAGCCGUCGGCGCCGAGCUUCGAGAAGGCGUGGUUUGAGCGCGAAGCGCCGAUCGCCGCCGACACGUGCCAUCCGCAGCGGUACGUGCAUGGGAUGACGCUCGUACCGGUGCACGACCCGUACGUAUACAAGCUCGACUUGAAUAUCAUGAUCUGGCGCCGACAGCCCAUGACGACUGCGUCGUCUGGCAUGCAGGGACUACCGACGGCCGUUCAUGGCGGGUCGUACCCUAUGCUAGGAACGUCGGGCUACGUGCAUGCGAUUCUGGCCGACGACCCGACGCACACGGCGUUGCUGCGACUGACGCUUACCAAGCCAAACCCAACCAUUAUCGACGACCACGAGCAUCGGGACGGGGACGAUAUGACUCUUGAGGUGUCGACCAUAUCCACUCUACCAGUCGUGUAGCCAUGAUCUUGGUUCGUGCAAACUGAAAUGGACGGAAAGACGCUUCUUUGCGUGUUCUUGAUUCAAGUUUUGGAUCUUUUUGUC